AUGACCUCAUCACCUCACACGCAAGAUUACAUUGGAAGAUUAUCAGAGGAGCUGCGGCUUGAGGUAUGCGAAUUGUUGCCCAUCCCAGCGCUCAAGAAUCUUAGUCUAGCCAGCAAACAAUGGCGAAAGUCUAGCUCAUCUGUGCUCUGGAAAAGUUUCGAGUCUAGCCUCGCAGCUAGAGAUCGCGACUUCGAUGCCCUUGUCUUGUCUUUACCUGAUGGCCUUUUCGACAACGUCAAGAACUUGAAGAUUCGUGCUUCUCCCGAAAACUUCAAGAUCGUGAUGCAGGUAGUAUCGGGUAUUACUCGGGAUAGUUUGAGAACUGUAGAGCUCACAAGCGCGUAUACUGAAGUCUGGGAGUCGCUACUCUGCUCUCAACAUUCAAUCGAGGAGCUCACCUUCCGGCAACACUCAUACGUUGGACACAGCCAACGCUUUCCCAAUCCUCGCUCCCUCGCGCAUAGCUUGCAGAAGCUUCGAAAGCUGAAGAUCGCAUCCCGCAACAAUUACAACGACUAUGGCGCUUGGCUCGUGAACACACCAGCUCUUGAAGUCUUAAGUCUUGGAUCUGGGUUUGGACAUUCUUCUCGCCACGCAACCCCAGUUCCUUUUUAUAUAAGGACACCCGCUGUUGGUUUCGUACCCCUGAGACUUCGACGCCUUUCUCUAUUUCAAAUGAUAUUGGACGGAUUUCAUCGUCUUGGAGACAUUCUCCAUCUGCCUUCUCUCAGGACUCUGGACAUAAUCCAUUGCGAUUGUGUCCCGGUUUUAUUUCGGUAUCUAACCAGCAAAUACACGACCUCAAGCGAGUCUGCCCUGAAGUCAUUCAAUCUGACCGAUGUUGACGACGACGAUGAGCUGGUAGAGUCUCUUGACCAGUUUAUCGGGUGCUUUUCAGGUCUGGAGACGCUAUUUGUAGCCCGCGGAGAUUAUCCUUUAUAUAGACGUCGAUUGCGUAAAUCCCCUGCGCGCACAUGA